UGGGUCUAAGGGUUUCAGUGCAUGUUUGUGUGUGUUUGCCAUGGCAGCACUGCUGGACGUAGCUUCCUCAAACUCUGGCUUGGGCCUUUACUUAAGGGGUAAGCUUUUUAAGCUGAAAAAUAGCUUUUUUAUAGUGGUUCAGCUACAAAUUGAUAAGAAAGUCUUUCCUUUUUCCUUCGGAAAACAUAGUAACAAAAACAUUAAAGGGCCUAGUUUAGAAUGUGUUGGGAUAAAGCUACAAUAUAUUAAAAUCCCCCCUUAAAAUGAUACGCAGGUACAGCUUUAAUAUUCCUGACACAGAACUGGUAAAUCCGGAUGUUCCCAGUUUGGACUUCUGUUCUCAUGGCAUGGUGGAAACAGGUCCUCUGCUUUGUGAUUGCAAGCAUAGCCUGCCUGGUAGGAAAAUGAGGGCAAAACGUAGCACAGUGAGUAAUGUCACCCCCUUGUAAGGCAAAGCAGAGGGGUAUAAGAGGAGGGAAAGACUAUAAGAGAGCAAGGGCUCCUCAUGGCCACACUGCAUUUCCUUCUUUCUUACGUGCAUCUCCCUGAGGCACCACCUGCAGGACUGAGGGGCUCAGCAGGCCUGGCCGUGGAAGCUUCUAGAACCAACCAGAACCUCCAUGCCCUGCUCAGGGCAGCCCCGCUUCCCUCACAGAGGCGCCUGAGCCCUGCUGCAGCCCCUAGUGCAGGCACCUGUGUGAUAGCAUGUGUACUGGGCAGCCUCUGUCUGAGCAAGAAAUCUUUAUCUUCUAUUCAAGUCAGGCACACAACAAGUAAAGUCUCACCAGAUCUCGGAGAAAGAAGCAUGUUUGGUGUUCCUCUGGAAACCCUCGUACAGGAUGCAACACAAUAUGGAGUUCCUUUUCUUGUGACACAGAUGGUGGAGUACCUAGAAGCAUUUGGCCUGGAGCGUGUCGGUAUAUUUCGAAUCAGUGGCUCAGUAAAUAAAAUCAAGGAAUUGAAGCAGAAAUACAAUCAAGGAGAAAACGUAGACCUUGUAACUGAUGGAGAUGUUGAUUCUGUUGCCAGUCUCCUGAAACUCUUUCUGAAAGAACUGCCAGUGGCUGUUUUUCCAGACAACAUCUGUUCUGGCUUGCUAAACACUUUCCAAGAGCACAAAAUCCACACAACAGAAUGCAUAGGGAACCUGAGGCAAUUGCUCAACUGCCUACCCAAAGCUCAUCAGAGCCUUCUUCAGUUCCUGUCUGCUUUCCUGUUAAAGGUAGCAACACACAGUGCAGUGAAUUUCAUGACUCUGGAAAACUUAGCCAUUGUGUUUGGACCCACUCUGUUCAAGAUCCCUGUCAGUCCCUUGGCUUCUGAAGAACAAAGACUUUACAAUGGCCUCCUGCUGUAUUUGCUUCAACACCAUGAGAUGCUUUUUGUUGACUGGAACUCUUGUUUCUCCCAGAGACAAGCAGAUGGCCUUCAGGAAAACAACACAAAAGAUGAAGAAAAAGACAGUCUCAUGUUAUUAAGAAAACAAGUAAAUUACUCAGCAUAAUCCAUAUUGCUCUACAUGACAACAGCUGUCUUCCCAAGACACAGCCAGGAAUUGUACAUAACUUGCAUGUCUUUCUUCUGUCUGGACUUAACAAGAGCCAGACUUUUUGGCUCCACUCAUCUAAAGACCCAAGAGAAAGAUAUAAUG